CCUCCCACCCUCUCCGGAUAAAUGGGCCGCCGGGAGGCGGCGGGCGGGUGGACGGCGGCAGCCUGUGGAGGAGCGCGGCCCGCCUGGCCUCGUUCCCCGCCGCGCCCAGCGCUCCCUACCGGCGGGGCCGCCCCGGGCUCCGCCGCACGUAAACGGCCACAUCUCCCGCGGGGCUGGGGCGGGGGGAUCGGGCCUUUCUUCCCUUCUCCGGGGGCCGCCUGACGGGCGGGCAGGACGCGGGGGCCGGGCGGAGGGAAGGCGGCUGGAGGAGCCCGGUGCGGCUGAUGCUGGCUCUGCCCCGUGCAGCAGGCUCAGCCCGGGCUCCGGCAGGCUGGUGGCGGCGACCGGGACUCAGGAGGAGCCCCCCGGGCUCCUUUCCCCUUCCCUCCCUCCGUGGCGGGCGGCGCUGGAGGAUUUUCUCCCGCCGCGGCCCCCUCGUUGCCCCCCAGACAUGGUAGGUCACCUACAGCUGCAAGGGAUGGACGAGAGUCUGAAGGAGAAGAGCCGGGAAGGCUUGCUGGACAGCCCGGACUCGGGGCUGCCCCCCAGCCCCAGCCCCCCUUUCUACUCCCUGUCGCCCGGUGAGGGCCGGGCUGGGGGCAGCGGCGCUGCGGACCCCCCGGGCCACCGGCGAGAGGCCAAGGACGGCAAAGUGAUGCCUUACCUGCUCCUGAACCCAUCCCUGCCGGAGGUGAGGCCUCGGAUGUACCCUGUGUUUUUCGGAGAAAGCAUUGAGGUCAGCCCUGAGCCCGUGCAGGAAAUCAGGUGCAAUUCUGAGGUAAAGUACGACUCCGAGAAGCAUUACCGGGAUGACAUCUUCUACGGCCCCAUCCCCACUGUCACCACCUACAGCGAGACAGUCAUUGCUGCUCCCAAUUGCACCUGGCGGAACUACAAGUCCCAGCUGAUCUUUGAGCCCCGCCAGAAGCCUCUGAGGUUUCAGAGCACGACCAUCAUUUUUCCUAAGCGUGCCAAGAACAUUUACCGGACCACCCUCAACUACAGCUUGGGUUGCGCCAAGCGUUGGUUUGCUUCCAGCGUGCAGCUGGAACUCUGCGAGGAAACCAGCCCGUGCGUCAUGUACAGCGAGACCCUCUGAUCCGCCCUGCCGCUGGCAACCUCGUGACCUCAAGGAGGCUGCGGCCUUUGCUGGGUCUCUGACUGGGCCCUCAUUGAAGGCGACUAAAUAUUCAUAUCUGGAGAACACGUUGUCUUGGGUGAGGCUGAACUGGCUGGGAGGAGGCUUGUAGGGCAUGGGAUGGUUUUGAUCAGUGAAAGGCUGGCUUGUAUUUUGCAAAGUUCCUGACGUUCGUGAUCUGGAUUUUUUUUUUCCCCAAGCAUAUCUAUUUUUGACUUACGUUUAGAUGAAAUCAAGAUGACAAAGGACCCUAUUACCCAUAGCAGAGUGCUGCGCUGUGAGCUCCGUAGGUCUUGUCUAGCACAUAGGUGAGACUCACUGUAACCUUCAGAGCUAUUUUAAUCUCUGCAAAGGGAAGACCAACUGCACAGUCAGCAUCCAGUCUGCCCCGCACAUACCAAGCCAGGUCUAUUAGAGUUUAAACGCAGAGGAGUUGGUUAUUUGUAUUGGUACAUCACAGCUUGCUCCAACAGCUCAUCUGGGAGACAGCUGCGAUAUUACACCACUGCAGUAACCUCAGGCCUAACUUACUGGGAGGAGUGAGGACUGUCACCAAGAAAGAGGAAGAAAACAGGCGCACGGUGCUCUUGCUGGCAGGCAGAUAUUUAUAUACUGUAGCAGGGCACAGUGUAACCAGGAGAUGGGAGAAAGGCCUACCCCAGCGCACAGCCACCUCUUGUGUGAGCCCAGCCAAGAGUAUGCAGGGGAGACUGAGGAAACUGAAUAGUUGAAGGGCUAUUUUCUAAAAGUUUCCAAGUGACUGAGGAGCCCGGUGCCCUUUUUCAAAAGUACCAUCAUUCCAAGUGUGCCAUGCUAUUCGUUGUCUCAAACACCCGAUUUACAGGGAUCUUCACGCACUUGCAACCCUUUUGAGUUUCAGGGCUGUGUUGCAGAGAGAAGUGGGAUGAGAAGAUGCUGUCUAGCUGCAAAGAAGGCAGUGCAGGGUUAAUUCAUGAGCCUUGUUGCUCGCCCUCUCCAUAGUUUCCUUACCUGUGGCAUGGGUAGGUUUGCUGACAGGGGAGGAGCAGCCAAGUUUUCUCAAUGUAGAGCCUGAAGAGCCCAAAUCUGUGCAAGUUUUCCCUAAUCAGCCAGGCUGUAGCAGUUCAACAGGUACUUCACAAACAGCUGAUCUGUCUCUGCAAAAGGAUAAAGGAACACAGAGAGCAGGAGUCACUACAGCCACCCUAAGGUAAACCAUCCCUUCUCAUGAAUCACAUCUCUUCACUUUGGCAGCUUGUUGAAAAUCAGUGAAAGCCUGGAUUCCUGCAAACACAUAACCUUUGAAAAUGGCACGGAAUUGUCUCCAAAAAUCUUACCAAACAUUUUUGUAUGCUGCUCAGAAGAGCUCAGACUUCGAAAAUAACCACAAAGCUCUGGAAAUUAAUUUCCAGUUUUCCCUCUUCUAAACUUUCCAUUUUGUUCCUGACUUGCUGCAAGUCUGAUCAAGUUAUUUCAGAACACAACUGAGCAGCUAAGUCAGAAAACCUAUUAACGGUGUCAACGAGACGCAGCUCAUUGCCCAGAACAGUUGACGCACAAACCCAUGGAGAGUACAAAAAAAUCUGAAAUACUGAAGUCACUUGUGAAGAUACUUUUUUUCCCAUCAGUUUCAAAAGGCAAUUAAUAAAUGUGACCAAAACUGUGACCUUUAUGAAACAGAGUUCUCGUAUCUAAAAAAGGAGCACAAUUUUUCCACCAGAGGUAAAGAUAAGGUUGUUACAUACAAACUUAAAUCCUGACAGCUGAAGCAUUGUUAGUACUGGAAGAUGUGUGCUAUGGCAGUGGAGAACUCUGCCUUUCUGCCUGGGAGUUAGGACUUGGUAGGGAGAAAUCUCUCAAAGGAUUUCCAAGGCUUCCACCUACUGUUGAAUUCUUCUCAGCAACACAGAAACAAGGAUUAUAUUGGCUAUUGGUCAGAUAUUGCUGUCACUGAUAGCAUCAAAGCCUGGAAAAGCAACAUCUGCCUCCAAAGGGGUUAUUAUGCCUGAAGCAACCCUUUUCCCCAGAGCUCCAGCAAACGAGUUGUGUGGAUGUAGCUCAGCAGGGAAGCUGGAGCUGGUAUGGAUGUGGUCCCAGCGCGCUGCAGGCUGGCGAUGCACUCACAAGUUCAUCUUGAGGUCUAUCCUAUAAUUUCACCAAGUGCUGGUGAGUGAGCCUUGUGGAAACACUCACCUGCCUUCCAGGCACAUCGUGAGGGCUCUGGAGGGCUCUUUGCAGGCCGGUGAGAGUCUGUAAUCCAGGUUCAAAAGCAGGGCCAGUGCUCACACCUGGGAGAUCCCUGCAUGGUGACGGAUUCACUCACAAGCACCUCCACUGAGCAAGCACGGAGACAGGCUGACCCCCGAGCUGAAGCAGCCGGAGACUCCCCGUUCUGACCAUACAUCAGGCUCCAAGCACCAAGCUGCAGUUUUUGAUCAUGCUGGUUUUUUGAGCCAAAUGUUUUUUUCCCCAGAAGAAUCUCUUUUAUCAUGGCCAGCUGCAGGCUUCUGCCCUCUUUGUCCACUUCUGCUUCCUAAACAUUGACCGCAACAGAAGAAAGAAAAUUAAAAAUAAAUCAAAGAAAGCCAAACAAAACUAGUGUACAAAUACAAAUCCAGUGGCUGAAGCACAGCCAGGCUUUUCCCCACGCAGGGACAGGGGCUGCUAAGGCGAAGUCUCCCAGGGGGUGCAAUGGGAGGUGCGGCCUUGGCACCGCAGGGUCCGCACACAUCCAGGCCAGGCCUCUUUGAAGCUUCGUGCUUUAUUUUCUCUGCAAAUAGACUAGAAAUGACCUAACACACUCUCGCUCCUUAGAGCUUAAGCAUGGUUUUGCCAUGUCAGGCUUGGGGUUUCUAGACAGCUGGAGACAUUUCAAGCUGUGUAGGCAUGGACAGGCCACCACCCUGGGCCACAUGCAAACUGUGACAUUGCCAAGUGCCUGAGAUCUGUGCAAGUUUCUGAAAAGUACCUUCUUGUAUUGUAUCUCCCAAGGGCCCAUCUCAAUCUGCUUUUCUUCUCAAUGCAAGCUGGUGUUGGAAAGGGACUUUGUUGUUCCUGAGGACAAGAAAACCACAGAGGGUCAGGUUGUCACCCUUGUGUGGGCGCAGAUCCACCCUGCCCACCCACCCUCUGUCCCCAAAAAGAGCCAAAGUUUGUCUUGCUCAUGACUAGGAAAAGUAAUGACUUUUUUUGAUUUGCUUUAACACCAGAAAUUGAAUCUUUUGUGUAUGGUGCCAAUUAAGAAUCACUCCAAGCCACCAAGAAGUGCCUUACUUGUAGUAUGUUUGUACAUCUAAAAGGAACAAUUAGUCCCACUAGAGAGGUGUUUUUCUUUUAAACGGAGCAUUAUUCAUCUCAGCCAACAAAUCUUUGUUCAUGUAUAUUUUCUCAAAGACACAAAUUACAAAUUUAGACCAUGGAAAUACUGCUUAGAAAGGUGAGUUUCCUUCAGCAGCUGGGACUGUGGCUACAUGAUUUCUCCCCAGGAUACUAAUGCCGACACUCCUGUAAGCCUGAUGGGUAAAGUCAGGCUCUGCCUUUAGGAACUAUUUUCCAUCAAUAGUUAUUUUUGAGAUCAGAAACUUUCUCAGAAGACAUCUGUUUUUUGGCGGGGAGGUUGUUUAAUUCAAUGUGGAAAGUCACUGUCUCAAAGGUGCAGGGUUUGCCCUUUGUCCCUGUCAUUCCUGUGAUCGUUCUGCCCCUGAAUGCACCAGAGCACACGUGUGUCUGCUCUGCCAGCAUUGCCAGCAUUGCAUUUGCGGCCAAAAAGAGGGAACCUGAACUAAAUAUUGAACUUUCAGAAUCUGCAGAAUACUUUGCACAAAUUGCAGAGAACGACUUUGACCAAAACAGUUCACCGCUUCUUUUGUCUGUCUUUAUGUUUUUUUUUUCCUAGGCCAGCUCUACUUUUCUCAAUGUGAAAUACAGGCAGGUUCGCACCUAGGUGCACAGUUCCUGGGAACGAUGAAAUGAGGUUCGGGUGUUGAUAGCGGUGUUUGAGUGAGCUGCUGGUCAGAGAAGUGAAUGCUAUUUACUAUUUAUGUUGAAUGAGUCUUUAAAAAAAUGGGAAAGGUCACUAGAAGGCUAAUGGGCAAAAAAGACUUUGUAGACCAAAUGGAAGAGUAAAAGCCACGUGAAUCUGAUCUAGAGGCGAAUGGUUCUGUGUGUGAACACUGUGAACUAGGAUAUUUAGCCAUUGUAGUUUUAAACUGCCUUUUUUCCUGUGGGGAAGGGUAUCCUUGCCUUCUUUAGAGCUGAAGAUGGGGGAACACUUCAUAGGGAACUGGUGUUCUUGUGAGAUAUGGAAAGGGGAUCACUCCGCUCCCUGAGGAUCACCCCAUCACUCACAAAUUGGUCCGUUCUGAACGUCUCUCCUAAAGCUCUACUAUAACCAUUCUAUUUUAUGUCUUGGGAGGCACUAAUUAUGUUUCAGAUACUGUGAUGGCCAUCAAAAUGAGCAAAGCAUCCUAGCAGGUGAAUUGUGACCUGAAGAUGGGGUUGAAAGGUGUUUGAAGGUUGGAGAAGGAAGAAGAGAACAUAUAACCGGUGGAAAUGCAUAAGGAUGUGUCAUAUUUUUAUUUUUGUAAGUCUGAUUCUCUAAGUGCUUGUAAAGUACUCUACUGUUGUAUAUGUGGUGAUGCAGUAGUUCACAAUAUCCUUUUAUUUUUGUAUAUUCCCCUCUCCACAAUAAUCCCUUUCUGUUCAACUCAUAGAGUAAUUUAAGAAGACAAAAUUUAUAUAUCAUAAUAAAAUGCUCAAACCGUCA